GCAUAAGCAGAAAGUACUGCUUAGAGAGAUGUCAGACGAACUACGCCGCCUUAAGUCGCUCCUCGACGAAAUGACAGAAACUGCRGAGCACAGGAUGUUCACCGUGUUCUGGUUGUUGCUUGASAACAUGAAAGAUAUAGACGUUACUCGUCUGAGGGAGGACAUGUCAGCCAGACUUCAGGCAAUUGCUGAAACGAAGAACACCACGUUCGACRAGUUUCAGGCAUGGCUGGAUAUUGAAAGGGAAAGGCGCACCGCAGUCUUGAAGCGAUUCUCYGCCCACGUCACGAAGACAACAAACGGGGAGUCAGACGGAGGGGAUGUCAUGUGUCUUGCCAGCUGCGGAAMGUGUGUGCUGAAGGAGGGGUGGGCAUCGUACAAUAGCCAAGAUUACAACACAGGUUCGCUACCUACGACGRCAMGCAGCGUCGUUGAYCUCUUAGCCUUCRCCGAGGACUGCAUUCGCCACUGUACGGAAACCGUCGAGGAGUACRGUCUGAGUGAARUGGGUGUMGGGUCUGUUAAUGACGAGCUUCCUGCAAAAAUCGCGUYUCUGCUGAGCAGUUGYGAARACGUAAUGGAUGCCCUGCAACACACUCGAGGCAGGUUGUUGGCUGGAGAACUGACGGUGACAUGUAUGGAAGGAGAUGUUAUGGGAUGUGGAGAAGGUGAAACGAAGAAGGGAAGAGAAGAAGCUGACAGACCAAUUAGAGUGUGUUCGGAAAAUGGGGCCACUCUUGGGAAGGAUGCGCCUGCGCCACACGUCCUGUUGGCGUGCAGUGAUGUUGCCGCACUGAAAUCUCACCACACUGCAGACAUGAUGACGGAUGGUGAGGCCAGUGAGAAUGAUGCAGGGUGUGUUGUUGCAGACGAGAAUGUGGUCAGGACGUCGGCAGGAACUCUCUUCCCUUAUGACAUCAAUUGGGUGCCUGGUCGUCUUCAACCGGGUAUCGUUGGAGGAGCGUCGUGCUUCGCGUCCAAAGUCAAUAGGGAAUGGGUUCCAUAUCCCGCCCCCAAAGCGACGUCGUGGAGGGGCGUGACUCUGUCAAUCAUCUUCGACAGAGUGCUGAGGUUGAACGAUGAGGUGAGCGCUGACGACAAAUCGCGGCAUGUGUUGAAACUGUGGCAUGUUCUGGAUGCGAAGGGCGAGUUGAGGCUCAAUGAUUUUGAGUAUGACAGUGUUGACUGCGGAGAGUCGUGGGUGAUUGGCGGGUUGGACACUGCAGCGAGUUCGGUUUGCCCACAGACUGAUGCUAGGAGGAAUCUACGGUGGGGUUGGGUGCCACAUGACGCCCCGCUUCUUUGUGGCCGUGUGAAGGUGCCGAUGCGUGAUGCCAUGGGGAAUGUAUGGACCACGUGUUAUAUAAACGACAACUUCUCAUCUAGGCACCUGAACAGGGAGGUGACUGAAGAGGAGAAGAUGGCGAUGGCUUGUCACACCCCUGCUGCUCGUUGUUUUUCGCCGCCUCUUUGGAACCCUGUGGAGCUCGAGGUGGCAGAGGGGAAAGUGUUCGCCGGUGACCAUGGGUACACAUACACGCAUGCCAGAGGGGAGGACGCUACUGCUGAUGGAAUAACCACGCUGGUAUGGGACCCAUUCAACCUGAACCCUGACGUUCUGGCUGCCAUAGACAUUGCGGCCCAUGUCAUCCUUGAGGGGCAGUUGCAGCAGCAUGUGGCCCCUCAGAAGUAUGGAUAUCGUGUGAAUUGGGUCCCAGGAUGUCUGCAGCCGACAACAGUUGAUGGCAAGGUGACCAUGGCAGCGAAACUGCAGACAAGCCAUUGGCUGCCCUUGGGGUGGAUGCAUGCAGGCAUGGUGGAGCAGUGGCAGUUCCUGGUGGUAGUGGCACGUGUCUCCCUUUUCAAUGCAGAUGUGAAGGACCACGUGCUGGUUGUGGAGCAUGCAAAGCGGUGCUGGGAGAAGAUAAGGGAGGAGGACCGUCAGAUGGUGUGCAUGGGUUACGACUCCAUGCCAGACCAGGGGAUGUGGUCCAUGGUUGAGGGGAGUCCUGGUGGGCAAGGGCAGGGCGAUGGCGAGAACAGGUACAUGGCUCACAUCCGCCGCAGGCAUGGUUGCUCCGCCCUUGUUGGUUGGGUCCCGGCCGUAUGUCGCAUGACAUNCGAGAACAGGUACAUGGCUCACAUCCGCCGCAGGCAUGGUUGCUCCGCCCUUGUUGGUUGGGUCCCGGCCGUAUGUCGCAUGACAUACGAGCAAGGUGGAGAGAUGAUGAUGAGGUUCAGGGACCCGCUUGGUGUGCCGUUUCUGCUGACGUACUCGGAUGGCCUCCUGCGAGACAUUCGGUAUAUGGUGGCCGAGGACACCCGAGGUGGACAUCGGAGGCCGGGACAGACAGAGGAGACACGCCCGGGACAUCAGGACGGUUUGUCUGCUGAGGUGGAGGGCCCAUGUGGCGGUGAGCGAGUUGCAGGGUGCUCUGCAGCGCAGGGUGACGUGGCCGGGCCCAGCAAGACAGCGAUGUCCCACAGCCCGAGGAAGGUGAAGGCGGUUGUGUCGAGGCCGCGGAGAGGGAAGACGACUGGUGACAAGCAAAAGAAGAACCCCCAGCCUGUGCCACAGACCGGUAACAAUGCAGAUGCGCCUGCACGGGUCCACAGACGCCGCAGACACCCCGGGAUGGCAACUUUGACAGAGAUCAGGAAGUUGCAACGAUCCACCGACCUUUGUAUCCCUUUCAGGCCCUUCUUGCGAGUCGUCCGCGAGGUGGUGGAGAAGGACAUUACCCCUAAUAAGGGCCUGAGGUUCCAGAUGACGGCUGUGCGUGCUUUGAUGGAGGCUGCGGAGGCUUACCUGGUCGCCAACUUCGAGACCACAAACGAAGUGGCGAUCCACUCGAAGAGGGUGACCAUCCAGGUGACGGAUAUGAGGCUGGUGGAUAGGUUGACGAAGCCUCGCUGGGUGGAGAAAUAUCAGGGGAUAUUGGAAGAGAGGGCUCGAGCUGAGGACAAGCAGCGAUGGAUGGAUGCCAGACAGGCUGAGAGGGAAGGUCGGGAAGCAGGCGCGAAGAAGAGAAAGCCACCGGCACCGAAUCACGGUGUGGAAUACGUUCUGCUUGAUCAGCUAUGUGACCUCAUGAACAAGACAGAGGACGACAGGAAUGUCAUUCAUGAGGCCUUGCACGAAGUCACAGAGUACGCCGUGCAGGGUCGAUAUCUCAUUGAUUUUGUGCUAGUGUCAGCAAGAGAGGAGAUCAUUAGUGGCAGACCAUUGUGGGGGGGCUUGUUGGGUUGUGCUUUGGAGCGGCUUGGUCUUGCAACCUGCGAUGUCGAGAGACAGAGAGAAAGGGAACAGGGUUGGAGGCUGAUUACCAGCGAAACAAGGUUACCGGUCAUUGAAGAAACCGGGGAGAUAUCAACAGCACAAGAUAUGAGUGGGACGAUGGUGGUCGACGUGUCUACCAUGUACACAUCAACGACAGAGGACUUGGUGUAUAUGGACAUGUGUGAGGGUUUCUUCUUAGGGGAACAACAGUUGGCAGAGCGCAGAGAUGAUGCAGAGCACAGAGAUGAUGCAGAGGAGGAGGAUGAGGAAGAGUACGAGGGAUCUGACGUGGAGGUGAGCGGCAGCGACGUCAACAGCGACGAAGAGGACGACGACAAUGAUGUGUACUACGAUCUCAAGACGGCCUGUGGACAAGUAACCAAAGGUUGGGCACAUGCAAUCCUCAGGUUGGCAAGAGUAUUUCCCGAUCCGCACAACGUGCUGCGUGUGGUGUUCAAGGGGGCGACACCUGAUGGCGCAAUGCAGUAUGCUGCAGUGACCAGCAUAAUGCAAUCCUGCAACAAGGGAAAAAAAUGGUCAUAUGUCGGCAAGGGAUGGUUUGUUCUGGUGAACAGAGAGGCUGUGCUAGCAACAUCGUUGACAUGGGGACUGAACCUGAGCUGCCUCCUACAUGGCGCAGUGGCCACAGCUUGGGGAGAGACUUUGCACCCCGGCCUGUCAACAGGGGACGCAAUAGAAAUGGACAGCGGUCCACGGGUGUGCGACUGCGGCAGACCUUUCAUGUCCUUACGGACUUUAAACUCGCAUCGUGCGAGGGCAUGCCCCGCCGUGGCGGAUGAGGGAGCGCAAAGGCAGAAGAAUGAUGUUGCCCACGACCCGGGACCAUCCAACAUAGGCGCAACCAAUCUCGCUGGUGAUGAGAGCGAGGACGCGGGGGCGGAGGACGACGCGAAUGGGGCAGCCGGUGAUAACGCAGAGCCGGCAGCGCAACCCGUCGAGCCUUUUGACAGCUCGCGCAGGCUAGCAGCGCUUAUUUUCUCCACCAGGGGUGGCGUCGGUAUGUCACAUACGGACGUUGAUGCUCUCUUGUCACUUCUCAAAGACCCGAGAUUCAGCGCGACGGACAUUGCGUACCGCAACAAUCGAGAGUGCUUCGCAUGGGCGGGCAGUCUAGCAGUGGCCGCUGGGUGGAAGGAGUUGGAUCUGCGUAGUGACGACUAGCCUUGAGAAGCGCAAGCCGUCUUGUGGCACCGCGA